AUGAAUAGCCACUGCGUUUCGCUGUGCUACUUUGCGGCGCCAUGGCAGGCCAAGAACCUGGCUGGUCAUCCGAAUCCUUUUUGGUUUGAGUUCGCGCAAUGUGAGUACCGCCUUAGGGCGGCUCGGCCCGAGCUAUUGGAUGGCCAAGCAAUCAGUGAAGACAGGGAUGGUUUUCAUGCAGAACGACCAGAAGCCUUGGAACGGAUUGGAGCGGGUGCAGAUGCCUGGAGGGUUCCAGUGAACAAUGAAGAGUCGUUCGUGGAUGAGCACCCGCCCUAUGAGUUGGAGCAACGUAAUCCUGGAUGGACUCCGGUGAGGCACACCGCUGGCGGCGAGAUGCUUCGGAGAACAACGAACGCUGCACCACAAAGUGCUGGAGUGGUUCCGGUCACAGUGACUGGUGCUUCAGACACACAUAGUGCGUUGAACGCUGGUGUGAAUCAAGUUACAAGCCAAGUUCACGGCCUACAGUUGGACACGGCCCCAGUCGCGGUCGAUCUGACGCGAUUGGCUGCUCGAGACAGUGCUUCAGCAGAUGGUAAGCUUGCCAUUAAAGCAGCAGGGGAGAGCGACAAGCCGCGGUAUGAUGAUACCGAGUACGCUCGUGUUGAACAGACUGCCAUUCGAAAUAGACCGCAGCGCUUCAACUGGGUUGAAGAUGCAGAGUGCCCAUAUGGGGCGCUCGCCAAAGUUCAAGCCACCAGUUCGUCGGCUCCAGCUGAUCAGCCAACCAACUCGUCGUCUGGCUCUGGCGGAACUGGCGGCGCAGAUACAUUUGACGCGGACUCCAUCAAGGCGGUGAAGGAAGUUCAUGCCCUCUUGAAGCCCAUGCGUACGGUUAUCCACAAGGAAGAUGGUCCGCUGGAGAUCGAUACCUCAACAGCUUGCCCGGAGGUUUCUCGGGAAGCGGCAGAGGGUCUCAUUGAGAGGUAUGCGGCCUUAGUUCGCCACAGGCGGGCGGCUCAGGCCCGAGUGGCAGCGGUUUCCCGUGAUCUAGAGGAGUCGUCAAAUGCAAAGUUGGUUCAGAUCAUGCAGCAGGGCAAGUGCGAAACUGAGGCGGCCCCGAGUACCUAA